GUCUAGACAGAGGGAGUCUGAGACAGAUAUAUGUUGCAGAGAUGUACAGUUGUUCUUAGAUGUGGAAAUUAACUGAAAUUCACCAAGUUAGAAUAACUUGAAUUGCAGUCUAGUGGGAAUUAAUGUGUACUCCAUUAUAUUUUGAGGCAUUUCUUUCCAUUUUUACUCCACUGUAUUUACAGCAAGUCAUCUUCAUUAGUUAUUUGUCAGUAUAAACAUGCAACACAGUGCAGACAGUUACUGGUAAUCUGGUACUGUCCACCAUUUUACUCCUGUCACUACUUGUUUACUUAAUGUAUGUUACGUUGUCGAUGUUUGCACUCCACCCUGUUGGAUUUGAACGUGUUAGUGCUGGUUGGUGUCAGUGUGCGCUACAUUAGGAACGGGAGCGCGCACGGGAACGCGCACAAUGCAGAGCGUCCUUUUCGUUUCCAUGGAAACCAUGGACAGCAACAGAGCACGGAGGGAGAGCUGUCCGACUCCGACUCUUAGUUUCUAACACCAAAAUCUCAACUUUAACUUUUAAACGACUUGUUUUGGACAUUUAAUGAGCUCCGAAUUCUGCCAGAAUUAUCGUUUCGGUAAUUUGAAGUGGUAUAGCUGAAUGACCCUGAAAGUUUCCUCCUGGGAGAGAGAUGGAGAAUAGCUCUCAAACACUGCCACCCUCAUCCCCAUCAUGUCCCACCACCACCACUUUCGGAGGGUCCCUGCCUUUCUCCUCCUCGCCGCAGCAGACCUGUUCCAGCAACCGAAUUUCACUCCCUCUUUCGCCUAUCUCAUUCCCCCCGUCCCCCACCUCUCUCUCUCCGGCAACAGCAGAGUCCAUUCACUCUUCCUCCCCUCUUUCACACUGCACAGCGUCUCUGUGCCUUGAAGGACAGAACGUACAAUGCCUCAGCCCGGCGAACUUAUCUGAUCAGGACGACCUGACCUGCCUCAGCUGGCUGCAUCAGAGAGGCAACCUGCUCCCACUGCAGCCCCUUCCCAAAAUGACACCACUGCCUCAGCUGGAGUUCUCCACACCCAGCCAGCCUCUUCCUCCCGCCUCGUCCAAGCCGCCAUACUCCUUCAGUAGUCUGAUUUUCAUGGCCAUAGAAGACUCACCAGACAAGAGACUUCCAGUGAAGGACAUCUACGAAUGGAUUGUGAACAAUUUCCCCUACUACAGGACGGCCUCUGGAGGCUGGAGGAACUCUGUUAGACACAACCUGUCCCUGAGCAAGAGCUUCUGUCGCAUUCAGAGGGACAAGAGUCAGUCAGUGGGUAAGGGAUCCCUGUGGUGUGUUUGUCCAGAGUAUCGGCCGGCGCUCCUCGAGGUGCUGAGGAAGACCCACAGUUAUCACAGCACCAACAACAAUCUGAUGAAUAAGCCUGCACUGUUGGAAGGAGCUGACUACGGGGUGCCUGCUGUGUGUGACUCUAUGGAAAUCUCAGAUCUCUCCCACACCCUCCUCCUCUCCUCACCCCAAACCCUGACCACCGACAACCCAACUUUUGGAGAAAACCCACCGUGCCCUUUGACCCCAGAUCACGAGGAGCUCGUCACCAUGGAGUCAGUUGAAUACCAGCAGGAGGAGGUCUGCGAGGAGAUGGAGAAGGACCCCCUCUCAGACAGCGGGUACAUCGAGUUACACUACUACCAGUCUCACCAGUACCAGUACCUGGUGCUGCCAGGUGACACCGAGCUGGACCUGGAGACUGUGGAGAUCCUUCAGCUGGAUGCCGAGGCCCAGGAGGCUGCUGGGUCGCUGCUGGACCUGGCAGGUGGUGGAUAUUAAUUUGAUAUCCUAUUUAACAGUCACAACUGAUACAAUGCAGUUCCAACAGAACCACAUUUGGAGUAAUGAUGAUGAUUGGCUGCUUCUUCCUGAGACGCUGACACUGCCCUGAGGCUUGUGUAUUGUUGUGUAGUUAGAUAGCAACAUACUGUAGAUCACCUUUACUGAUGGACUAACAAGACUAUGAAUCACAUUGCUUCACAUGUAUUCAGGCAGUUUGACUGCAGAAGCUGAAUUUACCACCAUACCAUGCCAUACAAUAACAACCUGGACAAAGACUUGAGAGUUUAACAUUAAACUGAGAUUUAUGGACAAAAUUAGAUUUUAAAACUGAGGAGAAAGUAUUAAUAGAGCGUGGUCUUAAAUACAAUACAUUUUUAAGGUUUCCACUGUGAUUUUUUAGCAGAUUAUUCUCAGGGGUGGAAGGAGUGCUACCAAAUCAAUCAGAAGUACUGUUUCUUAAUCAAAAUAUUUCCCAAAUGAAACUAAUAUUUAGUGAUGAAACAUGCAAAAGAAAAGUGCAAAAGCAGCUCUUUUGAGGAAUACACUGACUCACAUCCACACUGUUACCAUUUCAAUAUGAAAAUGUUUUACCAACCAAUUUACCAACCAUCUUUUCUUUAUAACUCCAUUUUCAUCAAAGUUACUUUAUGAGGAAAGACACUUUCAAAACAACCUUCAGUUGAAUAUCUUGCCCCUUAACACUGUUAUUGUUGCCUGUUGAAAACCCUGUUUCUCUAAAAGUAGUUGUGUGUGAUACUUAAUUAAAAAGUACUUUAUUUAUAAUGUAGUUCCAAUUGUAGAUUACAUGGUACUCAAAAAGCAAGAAAGCACUACUCAGUUACAAUAAGUACUUCCAAUUUUAUUUCUUAUUAAUUUUGUUACACCCAUUGUAAUUGUUCAGAUCAUGUUCCCUUCAGCUAAUUUUAUGUACAUGAUGUUAUGUUACUGAAUCCCUGAAUAUCUUUCAGUUUUCCAUGAAUUUGAAAACCCAGAUAUGAUCUUGUAAGCUAAGAUAAGCUUUCUUCAAUCACUAAUAGUUUGACUGGAAUUUCAAGUUAAAAUGUGACAUGAUCCCACUGCCAUUUAAAACACUUUAUAUUUCAGAAUACACUGAAUUUCUGUUCGUAAAUUGUAUUUUGAAUGUAUUUUGAAAAGCUCUAGAUUUUGUAAUCUAACAAAUAAAAUCUGUCAUGCCGUUCUCGUGAAUUAAAAUGACCUGUUUAUCAUGUUUAGACAUCAUAUUAGUUUAAUUUUGGUAGCAGUGGAGUUUACUACAAUGCUACCAUAGAUGGUUUAUUGAAGAGGCCUAAUGGGUAUUGGCCCAGGACCCCUGGCCCAGAGAGAGAGAUU